UUUGACCCCGUGAAGUCACUGCCCCAAGUUAAGAUGGCGGUAUCGAUGGCAGCCGCCGCCGGGCGACUGAGGCGGGCCAUUCGAAGGUCGCCCCUAUGGGUGAGCCCCAGCCGUCAGCCGCUCUCAUCCGAGCCCCCUCCAGCCCAGGCCACGGCCGUACGGGACGCCUUCCUGAACUUCUUUCGGGACCGCCAUGGCCACCGCCUGGUGCCGUCCGCUUCCGUACGGCCCCGUGGCGACCCCAGUUUGCUUUUCGUCAAUGCCGGCAUGAACCAGUUCAAGCCAAUCUUCCUGGGCACUGUGAAUCCACGAAGCGAGAUGGCAGGUUUCCGACGUGUGGCAAACAGCCAGAAGUGUGUGAGGGCCGGAGGACGCCACAGCGACUUGGAGGAUGUGGGCCGAGACCUUUCCCAUCAUACCUUCUUCGAGAUGCUCGGCAAUUGGGCUUUUGGGGGUGAAUAUUUUAAAGAGGAGGCUUGCAGCAUGGCCUGGGAGCUGCUGACUCAGGUCUAUGGGAUCCCUGAGGACAGGCUCUGGGUCUCCUACUUUGGUGGUGACCCCAACGCAGGGUUGGACCCAGACCUGGAGAGCAGGGACAUCUGGCUCAGCUUAGGGGUGCCUGCCAGCCAUGUGCUUUCCUUUGGACCCCAAGAGAACUUCUGGGAGAUGGGGGACACUGGCCCUUGUGGACCGUGUACCGAGAUCCACUAUGACCUCACAGGUAGAGUGGGAGCCCCCCAGCUGGUGGAGCUUUGGAAUCUGGUCUUCAUUCAACACAACAGAGAGGCAGAUGGAAGCCUGCAGCCCCUGCCCCAGCGGCACGUGGACACAGGAAUGGGCCUGGAAAGGCUGGUGGCCGUGCUGCAAGGCACACGCUCCACCUACGACACUGACCUCUUUUCCCCACUGCUCAAGGCCAUACACCAGGGUUGCGGAGCACCCCCUUACUUGGGCCGGGUAGGAGCAGCUGACGAGGGGCGCACAGACAUGGCAUACCGUGUGGUGGCCGACCACAUCCGCACGCUCAGUAUCUGCAUCGCUGAUGGCGUCUACCCUGGAAUGUCAGGCGCCCCGCUGGUUCUCCGUCGGAUCCUCCGUCGAGCUGUGCGCUUCUCUACAGAGGUGUUGCGAGCACCGCCUGGCCUCCUUAGCAGCCUAGUGCCCAUCGUGGUGGAGACACUGGGGGACGCUUAUCCAGAAUUACAGAAGAACUCAGCCCAGAUAGCCAGCCUGAUAUCAGAGGACGAGGCCGCCUUCCUGGCCUCCCUGCAGCGGGGUCGACGGAUCAUUGACCGGACCCUGAGGCGCCUGGGGCCUGCUAAACUGUUCCCUGCUGAAGUGGCCUGGUCCUUAUCGCUGUCUGGGAACCUGGGGCUCCCCCUGGACCUGUUAGAGUUGAUGCUGGAGGAGAAAGGUGUCCAGCUGGACUCGGCUGGGCUAGCCCGACUGGCCCAGGAGGAUGCCCAGCACCGGUCACAGCAGGCCGAACCCGUUCAGGAGCAGGGACUGCAGCUGAGUGUCCAUGCACUGGGGGAGCUGCAGCGCCGAGGGGUGCCUCCAACGGAUGACAGUCCCAAGUACAACUACUCCCUGCGACCCAGCGGGGGUUAUGAGUUCAGCACCUGUGAGGCCCAGGUGCUCCAGCUGUAUACAGAGGAUGGGACUGCCGUGGCCUCCGUGGGGAAGGGCCAGCGCUUUGGCCUCCUCUUGGACAAAACCAACUUCUACGCCGAACAGGGGGGUCAGGCUUCAGACCGAGGCUACCUAACGCGGGUGGACCAGGAGGAUGUGCUGUUCCCAGUGGCCCGGGCCCAGGUCUGUGGAGGCUUCAUCCUACAUGAGGCUGUGGCCCCUGAGGACCUGAAGGUGGGGGACCAGGUGCAGCUCCACGUGGAUGAGGCCUGGCGUCUAGGCUGCAUGAAGAAGCACACGGCCACCCACCUGCUCAGCUGGGCGCUGCGGCAGGCCCUGGGCCCUGGCACGGAGCAGCGAGGUUCCCAUCUCAAUCCCGAGCGCCUGCGCUUUGACGUGGCCACACAGGCUCCACUGACCUCACAGCAGCUCCGGGCAGUGGAGGGCACUGUGCGAGACGCUGUGGCACAGGACAAGCCAGUGUACGUGGAGGACGUGGCCCUGGCACGCACUGCCCAUGUCCCUGGCCUACGGUGUCUGGAUGAGGUGUACCCAGAUCCUGUGCGGGUGGUGUCAGUGGGGGUGCCUGUAGCCCAUGCACUGGACCCGGGCUCCCGAGCUGCACUGCAGACCUCUGUGGAGCUGUGCUGUGGGACGCACCUGUUGCGCACGGGGGCUAUCGGGGACCUGGUCAUCGUUGGGGAGCGUCAGCUCACCAGGGGCACCACCCGCCUGCUGGCCGUCACCGGGGAGCAGGCCCAGCAGGCCCGAGAGGUGGGCCAGAAUCUGGCCCAGGAGGUUGAAGCGGCCACAGAGCGGCUGAGUCAGGGCAGCAAGGAUGUGGUGGCGGCUCAGAGACUCUCCAAGGACAUGGGACGACUUACCGAUGCCGUGGACCUGGCCAUGAUGCCCCAGUGGCAGCGUCGGGAGCUUCAGGCCACGCUGAAGGGGCUGCAGCGGCGCGCCAACACGGCUGUUCGGAAGCUGGAGCUGGGGCAGGCUGCACAGAAAACCCAGGAGCUGCUGCAGCGGCACUCACAGGGGCCCCUGAUUGUGGACACAGUUGCCGCCGAGUCCCUCUCAGUGCUGGUAAAGGUGGUGCGGCAGCUGUGUGAGCGGGUGCCCGGCACCUCUGUGUUCCUCCUCAGCCCCCAACAGCUGGGGCAUGUGCUAUGUGCCUGUCAGGUGGCCCAGAGUGCCACGCCAGCCUUCACAGCAGAGGCCUGGGCCCUGGCAGUAUGCAGCCACAUGGGGGGCAAGGCCUGGGGCUCUCAGGUGGCGGCCCGGGGUGCUGGAACCACCACUGACCUGGAAGCUGUCCUCAGUACCGCACGAGCCUAUGCCCUGGACCGGCUCCAGCCCAGCUCACCCACAGACUUACAUAGACUACACAGACAGCAGACAGGCCCAGGCCAGGAGCUCUGAAGGAGUUGGCAGGACCUCCCUGGAGACUGAAGCAAAGGACUAAAGGCUGGAGGCCAAGCAGCUAAGCCCAGGAGGGCCACCUGGGGCCAGGCCCUGGGCGGACACAAGGAGAUGGGGCUGUGGAAGGCAGAGUGGACCCAAAGAUACACCCCUCUCUCAUUGGUUGAAUGUGGAGCCACGACUGUCUUGGCUGUAGUUGCUAUUAGGAAGUAUUUUCACCAAGGGGCACCUGGGUGGCUCGGCCAGUUAAGCAUCUCCCUUCAGCUCACAUCAUGAUCCUAGGGUCCUGGGAUCCAACCCCGCAUUAGGCUCCCUGCUCAGUCAGGAAUCUGCUUCUCCCUCUCCCUCUGCCUUUCUCCCUUGUGCUCUUUCUCUCUGUGUCAAAUAAAUAAAUAAAAUCUUUUUAUCUA